AUGGUCUUGAAGGCUUUACUGUUCACUACUCUCCUUUGCUAUGCGGCAGAGAGCGUACAGUCCGCAGCUAAUCCUAAAGCCAACGCCAAUGCGAAAAAGCUAUUGGCAGCUCUGAGUGGACUAGGAGACCGUGUCCUAUCUGGAGCCUUUGGUGGCUACACCAACGUCGGCGAUGAGAACGGCUUCUCCAUGGGACAGGCUAACCAGAUACAACAGUGGACCAAGAAGUUACCCGCUGUCUAUGGAAUCGACUGUGCUCCGGGCUGGAGCACCACGGCAGAAUACAAGGAAGCCGAUAUCAUUGAGUGCAUGAACAUGCAAGCGGUCGAAUACGCAAAGAAGGGCGGUAUCAUCACAGUAAGUCAUCAUCUGCCAAAUCCUGUGUUUGGAGGAAAUAACGCGAACGGAAACGGAGCCUACAAAACGGCAAUAUAUAACAACGAUUAUGCUGCCAUUCUUAAGGAAGGAACUCCUCAAAGGAACAGGUGGUGGAACACGAUGGAAAAGAUCGCUAAAGGUCUCCAAGGCUACAAGGACCGUGGAAUUACCGUCCUCUACCGUCCACUUCACGAAAUGAACGGUGACUGGUUCUGGUGGGGAGCUCUUCAAGACGGAAGUCAAAACGGAGAGAGACAGCGCCUCUUCAAGCUGCUGUGGCAGGACCUGUUCUACUUCAUGCAGAAGAAGGGCUUGGAUAACCUCCUUUGGGUCUACUCCCCCGAUCAUAGCAGACCAUCAAAAAGUGAUUUCUAUCCUGGCGAUAACUUCGUCGACAUCGUUGGCUUGGACUGCUACACCGAUGAUCCAACCAAAAUAAACGGCUACGAUGAAAUGAUUCGCUUUGGAAAGCCUUUCGCCCUUGCAGAAGUCGGACCUGGUACGACCAACGGACAGUUCGAUUACGAUAGAUUCGUGAAGGCAAUCAUCUCCAGCUAUCCCAAGACUGUUUACUUCAUGCCUUGGAACGGCGGAUGGAGCCCAGUUAAGAACAAGAACCCUUGGGGGGCUUACAACAACCCUAAGGUGGUCAACUUGGGAGAACUGAGAGUGCGAUAA